AUCCGUUAGGAGCAUUGUCGUUCGUUACUGUACUGUCCGUUGUCCUUAGAGGUUAGACUCGCGAUUCGGAAUAGGGUACUGUGGAGAACAGUGGAGUAUUGCUUGUAAAGCUGCUUUGACUUGGAUCAGUCGCAGUGAACGUACAACUACAAUCGUUUGUCGCAGUCGGGAUCGGCUGUAUGGAGAUUUCGUGGAACGCCGGAAGUUUUUGAAGGAUGGAGUCGCCGCCGACCCUGGAGGCCACUUACCAGGCCGUGUACUCUUUAUAUAAUAAUACAAAUCCAACCGAGUCAAUGAAAGCGUCAGUAUGGUUAGGGGAGUUGCAACAAUCGGUAUACGCAUGGAAGAUAGCUGAUGAAAUGCUCCAUCAAAAACGGGACAUGCAGUCUUGUUAUUUUGCUGCGCAAACUAUGCGUACCAAAAUCCAACUUUCUUUUCAUGAAUUACCUCUGGAGGCUCACGCUUCAUUGAGGGAUUCAUUGAUGGACCAUAUAUUGCAAAUUAAUGAAAAUACUAAUUUUGCUAUUGUCACACAGUUAUGCUUAGCAUUAGCAGAUCUGGCUCUACAAAUGUCUUCAUGGCAAAAACCAGUAGUGGAUUUAAUUAACAGGUUUGGAGGAAGCACUACUUAUCUGUGGCCAUUGCUUGAGAUACUGACGGUACUUCCAGAGGAAGUAAAUUCCAGAUCACUUAGAUUAGGAGCUAAUCAUAGGCAACAUAUAUUGUUGGAACUUAAAGCAAGUGCAGAUAUCUUGACAGAAUUUUUGAAAAUGUGUCUAAAGAACGGUGGAGAAAAUAUACAAAUCCGAGUAACGACCCUGCGGUGUUUCACCAGUUGGAUCACGGUCCAUGCGAUACCGUUAGAAGCUGUACCCUCAAGUGAUGUUGUCCUUUAUACACUUCAGGUACUUUACAAUCAUACGGAAGGCUCGCAACUGCACGAAGCAGCUACCGACUGCAUUUGCGUGAUUCUACAGGCGCUAUAUACAGAUAAUAAUACAAAUCGCGACAGCGAAAACCAGCCGAGCGUGCAGUUACAGCAGUUACAAUCGUGUCUCUUCACAAGUGUAAUGGACUUGGAACAACCGUAUCAUUUGUCCGUCGCGCACGAGGACUUGGAGAAAACUCUACAUUACUGUCGAAUAUUUACGGAAUUAGCUGAGACUUUUCUGGACACCAUAGUGACAGGUAGCGAGGGAGGGAAGCAACAUUACGGCAUCAAAAUUUUAGAUGUUGUUCUAACGUGUGUUGGUCACCAUGACUAUGAGAUUGGACAGAUAACGUUCAAUUUGUGGUAUCGACUGUCCGAACUUUUGUAUCACAAAAACUGCGAUGAUCUCAAUGCUAUAUUUCGGCCACAUAUCGAGAGGCUUAUCGGUGCUCUCUGCAGGCAUUGCCAGAUGGAGCCGGACCACUUGGGUCUCGUGGAAGAAGGUGUAGGAGGAGAAGAAUUUGCAGAAUUUCGAUUUCGCGUGUCAGAUCUCAUCAAAGACGUAGUAUUCAUAGUUGGAAGUAGUCAUUGCUUCCGACAGAUGUUCUCGUCGUUGACUGGUGGACCUGGUCCACAGGGUCAGCCUGUACACACACCUACCUGGGAUUCGACAGAAGCUGCGCUCUUUAUCAUGCAAGCUGUGGCUAAGAAUAUUUUACCGGAAGAAAACGAUGUGGUCCCAAAAGUAGUGGAAGCUAUACUCAACUUACCAGAAAACACUCACAUAGCUGUACGGCAUACCAGUAUUCUUCUGUUAGGCGAACUAUGCGAAUGGAUAGAUAGUCAUCCGCGAUCCUUGGAACCAGUGUUGAAUUUCCUCUUAGCGUGUUUAAAUCAAAAAGAUUUAGGAAAUGCCGCCUCGAGUGCUCUAUUAAAUAUAUGUACAGCUUGCCCAUUACACAUGGCAUCACAUUUCUCUGGACUUCUUCAAAUAGCUUGUUCUUUGGAUAGCUUUGCUAUUAAUAACGAUGCAGCUCUUGGCCUAUUGAAAGGGGUGUCUACGGUUAUGGUAAGAUUACCAGAGGAAGAAAUCACCCGAGCAAUGAGGCAAUUGUGCGGUUUCCAUGCGUCUUCCUUAUGGACACUCUCAUCUAAUAGAAUUCCAAUUGAGAGAGGAAGAAAGACUGAUCCUGUGAUAUGGCUGGAUAGAUUAGCCACUAUAUUUAAACAUACUAAGCCUGGAAUAGAGGACCCCAAUAAGCCUCACCCUUGUGAAGGCAUCGUCACUGAAAUGUGGCCGAUACUGUCCAAUGUGUGUACGACAUAUCAAGGGGAUGUACGAAUUAUGGAAAGAUGUUGUCGUUGUAUACGUUUUGCGAUACGUUGCGUUGGUCCACGAUCUGCCCAUUUGCUCGAACCGAUCAUAAAAGAGAUCGUACCAUUGUACACGUUAAAUCAACAUAGUUGCUUUUUGUACCUUGGGUCUAUAUUAGUGGACGAAUUCGCCAAAGACGCAAUGUGCGUGUGGAAUCUGUUGAAUAUGUUACAAGCUCUCAUUGGCCCUACUUUUGCUCUUCUCGAGGAAGAAAAUGGUUUGAAGAAUCAUCCGGACACGGUAGACGAUUUAUUUAGAUUGUGCGCCAGAUUUCUUCAAAGAGCACCUGUUCCUCUGUUACAAUCUCCCGUUAUCGCGAGCGUUGUAGAUUGCGCGAUAAUGGCUUGCAGUUUGGACCAUAGAGAUGCUAACAGUUCAGUAAUGAAAUUCUUUUACGAUUUCUUGAACAGCGGUCGCAGUCACAAGGAUCGUCCGGAUUACACGAGGCGGCGACAAAUGGUACAAAGUAUAUUACAGGAGAAGGGUCAAACGUUUGUCGUAAAGCUGCUGCACGCUUCGGUGUUUUCGUUGCCGUCAUAUAUGUUAUCUGAUGUAGCAGAUGUUAUUAUAGAAAUUAUCCAACAUGACAGAGAGCUCACGUCAAAAUGGCUGGAGGAAGCUAUCAAAACAAUGCCGUCGCAGAAUGCGAGUGGGUCUCCUACAGCCACGCCUGAACAGUUACUCGAAUUUCACAAUACAAUUACGAGCGCAGAAUCACCGAAAUCUGUCACUAACGCUCUGCGAAAUUUCGCACGUCUGUAUCGCUGAUGCGUCCCGCUGAUGCGUGUGUGAUAUAUUUGCUUUAUUAAAUUCUCCUUAAAGUAAAAAUAAAUUACAAAGAUCUUCCAUCAUACUUUGUUUACGUCGUCGUCGGUGAGUAAAAAUUUCGAUACGGCAAAAUGUAACACGAUGAGUUGACGCUGUAGAAAUACAUCAGAAGAGCGAAAGUGAGAGAGAGAGAGAGAGAGAGAGAGAGAGAGAGAGAGAGAGAGAAAGAGAGAGAGAAAUUGCAAAAUUCUCUUUUAUUGCUAUCUAUAGUGAUGUUUGCAAAGUAUAUAUCGAUACGCUACAUCUCGCACUUGGACAUGCAUGAUUUUUGCGAGUAAUUAUACAAAACCAAAGGAAAUCUCACAUUUGUUUAUAUACUCAUUUUUAUCGUCUCUUUCGUGCAUUUUGAUAUACACAUUUGUGCUUUAAUUUGCAUGUUAAUAAUCGUCGACGCACGAUUAUCAAUUUGUACAAUAUCUAUUAUUAGAUAUGGACAAAUAUUUGUACGUGUAUAACGAGCAUUUUCAAAAACUUAUAUUUUUCCUUUUAUAUUUCAACCAACGAAUUAUUGUGCGAGCAAUUUUAUACGGAGAAAGAAAACGUAUACCUUGCAGACAUACUAUAAACAAUAAAGAUAUGAAAGUCAUGAAAACGAAAUGUACGAGUGCUGACCACUUUAUUUAUAAAUUAACUAGAUUGUACUGACCUAUUUUGCUUGUGUGUGAAAUAAUUUGUUAAUCAGCGGAAAUUUCAUAACACUUUUUUUUACAUUCUCGACGUUAUAAUAUCUCGGCGUUAUAAUUUACUCAGCGUAAAAAAAUUGAUAACGUUUGUUUCACCAUGAACUGAGUACAUUGAAUUUAUGACCUUGGUUUCUUGUUCGAUCAACGAAUAAUACACGUGGAAAGCACAUUUGUGAGAAUUAAAGUGACUUUUAACAUCUACAUUGUACUAUGAUGUCCAUUAUUUUGAAGAGAAUACAAAUCUAUCGCCUAUGCAUACUUGAACACUUGUGUGCGCAAGUUACACUUAAAAAUGAAGAUUUUAAUGUAUAAAGGUUGACAAUGAUAUCUGUUGUUGUUUUGCAACUUAUGCUAGCGUUUUUAAAUUGAACGACGAUUAUAUUACUUAUCAGUUCACUCAGCCUUUUAAAUGCAUCUGUAAUUAAUUUCUAAUUUGUAUUUACCAUAGUAUUAUAGCAAAAAAAAAAUGUUCUCGCGACUCGUAUCGAUACACGUGAAGUAAUUACAGCAAUUACAAUUUUUUGUGUAGGAAAUUUUAGAGGUUUAUACAAAUUUUUCCAUGUUUGCACAUAUAAAGUCCAUUUCUAGUACGUGUAUAUUUUAAGUACAUUCUAAUAAUUGUACAAUAUAUAUGAUAAACGUACGUAAAAUAGCACUUUGCUGUGUUACUGCAAUACUGUUCGCAAUGGAUAAUUACAACAAAGUUCGUUUGUUUAUAAAUGAAUACGAGGAUAGUUAUUACGUCUACAAAGCGUUACGCUAAAUCUACGUUUAAGUGUACAGAUAAUUUACGUACGAGUUUAAGAAACUGCUUUUCAUGGAGUGUUAGUGUACAGACGAAAUGCUUGUGGUAAGAUUGAACAAAAUAUUAAAGAGAGAGAGAGAGUGUGUGUGUGUGUGUGUAUGUGUGCGUGUAUGUGUGUGUGAAAGAAAAAGAGAAAUGAUUGUAAUGUACUACACGCGUUAAACGCACGACGUGAGAAACAAAACCCGGUCGUCUUUGGCGGUAUAAAUCGAUAGGACACCCACCUAUGAGUACCGUCAACAAUGUAGCAUUUACGUUGUGAGAGCUAAUCAUCGUCAUUUUGUCCUUCGUAUAGUAACGGCUCAUCGAUUAAUCGUAAAUAAAGUGAUAUUUUUUACGGAA